AUUAUUUCGACAAGAAGUUGGGCGCCUCGAAGCGCGAUAUUCAAGACGAGUCGUGCAGUAAUACCGAUUCUGUGGCCAAGCUUAAAGCUUAAAGAAGAAUCAAAGAUCACGUUUAGAUUCGAAGGUAAUAAGAAACAGUUUCAAUUCAACUCCGACCUUGCAGAGAAGGUGAAGUCGGCGUCAGUUGCUCUCGGGAAGAGAAAAUUAAACUUUGUUAAAACUCACCUGGAAGAACUAGACUCUGACAUCAAGAAGCGCAACAGACUUAUCAGACUGGCAGACAAGUCCGCCGCCGGUUGGGAUUUGGUGAACGAGUAUUUAUCAGACGAGCUGGCUAGCGGGUCAGAGGACGAAAAGCGUAUCCGCCGUACCGAGCAGAGGGCCCUUCGUAAACGCAACCAACGCCAACAGAAAGCGAAGCCAUCCAAGCAAGGUUAUUCACAACUCCAAUCAUCUACCGCAACCACCGCGUUUGCUGGCCAACAUUCAUCAUCCUCCAGACCUAUUUCUCGUACUUUUGGCGCUUUCAGCAAACCAAGACCAAGUGAUAUUUGUUUCGCCUGCGGCCAGCAAGGUCAUUGGAGAUCUCAGUGUCAAGUUAAUUCUCAAGCCAGAUCUUCAAGCUCGGGGCCGUCCUUUCCUAGUUCUUCUGGUCUUUCGGGCAUUGGAGGUAAAUAGGACCACAGAAUUAAAAACUUGUUCUCCAAGGUUAGAUAUUAGCUUUACUCAAUUUAUUAGACAUGUAUCCUUCUUAUUUGGAGCAUUUCAUUGAAAGGGACUCUAGUUCAUUAGUCGAUUUCGAUUAUGAUCGCAAUCUAUUUGAAUUUGAACAGAAUUCCGCAUUGCCAGUACUUAAGGGUAGACUUAGGUCCUGUUUAAGUUAUUGGCACACUAUUGGUGCCAAUAGUUUUGUUAUCGAUACUAUUAAAUUCGGUUAUCGGAUCCCACACUGUAAUUUUCAGGGAGUUAUAAUAACUCCUCUAGUGGGGCUAAUUUAACUCCUUACAGUGGAGCUAUUUUUCGUGGAGUUAUUUUAACUCCAAAAAGGAGUUUAAAGAACUCUUUUUCAGGAGUAAAAGUGACCACAGAUUUUGAGGAGUUAAAAUAACCCCAAAAAAGGAGUUAUCCUGUACCUAAAAUUUUUACUCCACUUUCAGAGUUAAAUUAACUCCAAAAAGGGUGAAAACAACCCCUGUAAGGAGUACAAGUAACCCCAUUUCGGAGUAAUUUUAACUCCAAGACUGGGAGUAAAAAGAACUCUUUUUCAGGAGUAAAAAUGACCCCAAAUUCGGAGUUAAAUUAGGAGUUAAAAUAACCCCAAAAAAGGGGUUAUCCUGUACCUAAAAUUUUUACUCCAUUUUUGGAGUUAUAAUAACUCCCUAAAAAUUACGGUGCAUUCAUUAGCACACCUUGUCAGGCGCGUUUUUCUAACAAUCAGUCAGCUCUUAAUAAUGCGUCUUUCGUGGAGUCGGCUAUCGCUGAAUUAGUCCACACUCACGCCGUCGUUGAGGUGCCCUUUAUUCCACAUGUCGUUAAUCCGCUCUCUGUCUCGAUACAGUCUUCAGGCAAGAAGAGGCUUAUUCUGGACUUACGUCAUGUCAAUCAUUUCGUUUGGAAACAGAAGUUUAGGUGUGAAGAUUGGAGAGUUUUAUUAUCAUAUGUUAAUAAGGGCGAUUACCUUUUCAUUUUCGAUCUCAAGUCUGGAUAUCACCAUAUCGAUAUUUUUCCGGAUCACCAAACUUUUCUGGGUUUCUCCUGGGUUUUUUCUGGUACCGUUCGGUAUUUUUGUUUUGCAUCACUUCCGUUCGGUCUAAGCUCAGCCCCAUACGUCUUUACCAAGUGUCUCAGACCACUCGUUAAGUUUUGGAGGUCUAACGGGAUUAAAAUUGUUGUGUUCCUCGACGAUGGGUGCGGAAAAGGGGAUUCACUGCCUAUGGCCAAGGAAAAUUCAUUGUUUGUGCAAACAUCCUUAAGCAGUGCGGGGUUUGUUGCCAACUCCGCCAAAUCACUAUGGAACCCCACUCAGGUGCUUGUUUGGUUGGGUUUAAACUGGAACUUAGUUAUCGGUACCAUUUCUAUUACCGAUAGACGUAUUUGCAAAUUUAUCGCUCUGAUUGACAAAUUUCUUUUAUCCGCACCUUAUGUUACGGCUCGGGAUUGUGCCGUUAUCGCAGGUCAUGUUAUGUCCAUGUCGCCAGUUUUGGGUAACCUGACUCGUCUCAAAACCCGUUUCCUUUACAAGGUCAUAGAAUCCCGCCGUAGUUGGGAUUCCCGUUUUAAUAUCGGGCUUCAUAAUGAUUGCCUCUCUGAAAUAUUUUUCUGGAAAAACAAUAUCGUUAGUCUUAAUACGAGACCUAUUUUGCCUUAUAAUGCUCCCCUUUUGUUUAGCUAUUCGGACGCCAGCAACGUCGCCUGCGGGGCUUUUGUUGUGGGCACUAAUGAGGUGUCCCAUCGUAUGUGGACUGCUUGCGAAGCAGCUAAGAGCUCUACCUGGAGAGAACUUAAGGCUAUACAAUUUGUCUUAAGUGCGUUCAAAGCCUCGGUUCGGGUAAGUGUGUAAAGUGGCAUUCUGACAGCCAAGGGGCCGUUCGUGUUGUGGAGACAGGGAGUCCUAGUGCAGAAUUGCAUUCUAUUGCGCUUGAUAUUUUCUAUUUUUGUCGAACUUACAAUAUUACACUUAUUCCCCAGUGGGCUCCCAUGGAACAUAAUGCUUGUGCUGAUGCGAUUAGCCACAUUGUAGACUUCGAUGACUGGUAUACAACCCCCGAGUUCUUCGCACACUUGGACCGCCUUUGGGGCCCACAUACAGUCGACAGGUUUGCGAAUGCUGCCAACGCCCAUCUUCCCAGAUUCAAUUCUAGGUUUCGCGUACCCGGCACUGAAGCUGUUGACGCAUUUUCAAUCUCGUGGAAUGGAGAGAAUAAUUGGCUAGUCCCUCCCGUCCACUGCAUUACUAGGGCUGUUCAGCAUCUCCUUGUAUGCGGUGCGGUUGGUACUUUAGUCGUCCCUUAUUGGCCGUCUAAUGUGUUUUGGCCUUUCUUGUUCGCAAAUGCAAUUCAAUUUCAACCGUACGUCCUUGAGUACAUUCAUUUUCCCGACCCCUCAGGGAUUUUUGCCCUCGGGUGUUACAAAGAUUCACUCAUUGGUUCAGACAGGUUUAACAGCGCGGUGCUGGCAGUCAGAAUUGGCGCUAAGGGGCCUUAGUUUUUUCAAGCCGAGUGGCUUUAUGUUGGCCCACGUGUUUUUUAUUUCGCUCGUCGGUUCAUUUGUCCUCGUUUCGCAUGAAACUAGCUCGCCGAGUGGCUUGUUUACCGUGGUUUUUGAGUUGGCCCAUUCGGCCUAAAUAGUUUUGCAUCCGGUCAGAGGUAUUACCAAGCGUCAAUUUUUUAUUGCUGUAUUGACUCCCAGUGCGUGUAUUGAGGAAUUUUGCCAUAUAUUUUUGUUCUUAUCCUCGUAGAAGUUCUCAAAGAUGCCUUGCAGCCUAAUUUUCAACAGGUUGAAGACGGGCGACUCCGGGCACUGGUUCAAGACCUCCCCGCAGUUCUUCUUAAAUCCAAAGCCGACAGUACCGCGAGGAAGUACGAAAAGGGCUUCAAUACGUGGAGAAAAUGGGCUUCUCAGUUUAAAGAAAUUGUUAUAUUUCCCGCUUCUAGUGUGCACGUUUCAUUGUUCUUUCUUAGCUUGAUUCAAGAAUCUGCUUCUUGCAGUACUAUUGACAAAGUCCAUUAUGGGCUCAAGUGGGUGCAUGAUUUGGCAGGUCUACCCGACCCCUGUAAUUCCUCGUUAGUUUUACCUUUAAUAGAAUCUGCUAAGAGGCUUCUCAGUAUCCCUGUCAAAAAGAAAGAGCCUGUGACCCCCGAGGCUAUU